AUUUGUUGCUGCGUCUCCUGUUCUUGUCCCAACGAAAACAUUGAUCCUGAGCUGUAUAAUUCGCCCCUUUUCCCCUCCGCUUUUCAAGCUGAAACUCUUUCUCUUCCUCGUUCUUCAUCAAUGCCAUGUGAAGGAAUUGUCUGAGAGGAGAGAAAGAGUUUCUGAUUCUGAUUAGUAUCAACAGUUUUAGCAAUAAAGAUCGGAUUUUUGCUUUUUGGUUGAAGCAAAAUGUUGCAGAGAGCUGCGAGCAAUGCAUGUUCGUGGUGGUGGGCUAGCCACAUCCGGACAAAGCAGUCGAAAUGGCUCGAGCAGAGCAUGAUGGACAUGGAGGAGAAAGUGCAGAAUAUGCUUAAGCUCAUUGAAGAAGAUGGAGACUCCUUUGCCAAGAGGGCUGAAAUGUACUACAAGAGAAGGCCAGAGAUCAUAAACUCUGUUGAAGAAUCUUACCGCGCGUUCAAAGCCUUGGCUGAUCGAUACGACAUGUUGUCCAAAGAACUGCAAAAUGCUAAUCACACAAUUGCAACUGUAUUCCCGGAACAGGUUCAGUUUGCAAUGGACGAAGAUGAAUACUGUCCGACCCCCAAGAUGCCAAAAAGUUCACAGAUCCCAUUAGGGAACAUGGCCAAUGUGCCAAAAGUCCCCAAGGCACCAAUGGAAAACCUUAAAGGCCUCUUAAGCACAGCUACGAAGCCAUUCCAAGUCAAGAAAUCAUCGAAAGGCCAGAAGAAGAAGAAAAAAGCUGGCAUCAAGUCCGGUAUGAGCAGGGAGGAAGCUCUGGUGGAGAUUGAAAAGCUUCACAAAGAAACUCUAACACUGCAAACAGUUAAGGAGUUUGUGAAGAGUUCGUACGAAAGCGGGCUGGCAAAGUACUGGGAAAUUGAGAACCAGAUCGUGGAGAUGCAGAACAAGGUGUGCAGGAUGCAGGAUGAGUUUGAUGUAGAGAUAGUCAUUGAGGAUAAUGAGGCUCGCACAUUGAUGGCCGAGGCAGCCCUGAAAUCGUGCCAAGAAACUCUGACUGCGUUGGAGGAGAAACAAGAACAGUCAACGAGAGAAGCCGAAGAGGAGUUCAAGAAGAUUGAGUCUGCUCGUGAGCUUCUCAAGUCACUCAGACGCGAGUGUCUUAAAGAAGAGACGGAUGAGCAAUACACGAGUAAAGAUGAUAAAGCUGGAGGUGAAUCAGAGUGCGCACUUAAAGAUGUGAGUGAUUUGGUGGAACUGUCGACAGAAAUUGAUCCAGUAGAUGAGAAGAGUAUAACGCCUUUGGAUUUGAGCUCGAUGGAGGCUAUGACAGUGACUGAACUGGCAGAGAAGAUAGACGAGCUUGUCAAUAAGGUGAUCAGCUUGGAAACUUCAGUUUCAUCUCAGACAGUUCUUAUUAACUCAUUGAGGAUGGAAGCGGAUGAUCUCCAUGCACAGAUAAAGAAAUUGGAGAAUGAAAAGGAGAGUCUGAUUGGUAAUAAGCGUAAUCUGAGCACCAGGGUGAAAGAAAUGGAGGAAAAACUGAACAGGCUUGAGGCUCUAAACAAGAACGUGGAGAGACAGAACAGCAAUCUCCAGUCGAACUUUGCUGAAGCUCGUUCAAGUCUUGGUCAACUGUCGGAGAAGCUAAGUAAUGUAAAGCCAGAUGAGGAUGGAGACGAAAGUGAUUCAUCACAAAAAGAGGCCAAACCGUCUUCUUCUGAAAACAAGUUGCAGGAGAAGAUCAAAGAUCAAAAGGUUUCUGCUGGGAAGUCGUCGUCUUCAGGACACAAGUCACGGGAGGAGAUCAAAGAUCAAAAGGUUUCGAUGGGAAAGACUUCCUCCACUGAAAACAAGUUGCAGGAGGAGAUCAAAGCUAAAAAGGUUCCUGUUUUGAAUCCAGGUAUCAGUGGCAAGCUCAUCCGUGCUUCCAAAACAGACGAGAACGAGGAUGUGAAAGAAGUAGAUGUAAAUGUUCAGAGUUCUGAGCCAUCUGUUUCUAAACAAGAAGAAGCUCAAAUACCAAGUAAGAAAUCAGUUGCGUUCUUGGACAAUUCCAUCAAAGAUGAAGCACUAGAGGACUUGUUGAAGGGAGAUGAGCUGAACUUACUCUUGAGUGGGACCGAUGAUCGAGAGAAAGUCCUGCUUAAAGAAUAUACAACGGUUCUCAGGAAUUACAAAGAUAUCAAAAAGAAGUUGAUUGAUGUGGAGAAGAGAGAGAGGGAUAUGCAAUUUGAUAUGACAGUGCAAAUGAGAGAACUAAAAGAAGCUAUUCUCAAGAGGGAUCAAGAAAUUCAACAACUUCGUCAAAAGUUAAACCAGCUGCAAAGCAAUAAGGAUGCAGCAGAAGAGAAAGGCGUACCACCUGAUGCGCCUGAAGAUAGAAGUGUUAAACCUGAAUCGGAAAGUGUGGAUGUGGAAGUGGUAGAAGAUGUUAGUGCCCCUGCCUCAAUAGAGAGAGUAGAUGUAAUCAAGUUGGUUUUUGUUGACAAACCUCCCACCAUCUCACCUGUCGAAGAGAAGCUCCGGUUGGCUAUUGAUGCAAUACUGGAUGAGAACUUGGAUUUCUGGUUAAGAUUCAGCACAACAUAUCAUCAGGUCCAGAAAUUCAAGAGUGAAGUUCAGGAUCUACAGGAUGAAACAUCGAAACUCAAAGAGAAAAAGAAAUCGGAAGGAAAUGCUUCAACACAGAUAAAAUCAGAGGCCAGGCCCAUUUACAAGCACUUCAGAGAGAUACAGACAGAACUGACCAUGUGGUUGGAGCAAAGUGCCACCCUGAAAGACGAACUGAAGUGCAGGUCUGCAUCAUUGUGCAGCAUACAGGAGGACAUCACGAGAGCUCUGAAGGAAGGCGUCGAGGAGGAAGAAAUCCAAUUCAACAGUCACCAAGCUGCAAAAUUACAAGGUGAGGUUUUGAACAUGAAACAAGAGAACAAUAAGGUUAGAGAAGAACUCCAGACAGGUCUAGAUCAUAUAAGUGUACUUCAACUUGAAAUCGAGAAGACGCUAAAACAGUUGAAUGAAGAGUUUGGCAUUACUAGCGAUCAACCGCAGUUGCAGCACACUAUGAGCAAGUCUCGAGUCCCUUUACGGGCAUUCAUCUUUGGAGGGAAACCAAAGAAGCAGAAGUCUAUCUUCUCCUUUAUGCAUCCCAAUAGGAAAUUCCAAGUGGUGAGAACCGGUUUUGCCCUGACUAUUUAGUAAUUCUUGAUCUUGUUUUGCUUCAGUUAUUCAUUUCAAAACGCCUUCUUGUAUUUAGGCAUUCAUAUGUAGAGAUAGAUGACAAAACUUUUCCUUCUUCUCUUUUUGUUUUUUUCUUUUUGUUUUAGUCCCUUUGGUUUCUGAAGCAAGAUUGCUUUGAGUUGUAAAAACUCUCAGAUUCCUAUAGUGUGUAGGCAGCAGACUUUGCUUUUCUUGUCAGUUUUUAUGCUUUGUGGUUUAUUUAUAUUUAGUUCUUGCAUGGCAGACUCUGCAGUUGCAAGUUGCUGGUGGAAAUUUUUUUGUUUUCACAAUUUUGUUUCUCUAUGCACAAUAGAUGCUUUUAGGUGAUGCAUAAGCUUCAAUAUCCUCCUAUUUUUGCAUGAUUCUCAGGA